UUUUAAUUUCAUUAUAGGAACCAAAAUUGCUAAAACAUGGAUGAAAAUUAUCCAGAUUCAAUGUCGGGAUAUCUUAUGGAUCAAUCGGUAGCUAUAGCCGAGAGCACAACAUUUGAGACAAUAUCGACGUUCUGUAAUCAGUCAUUAAGUAUGGGUUUAGAGAAUGAAUCUAAACUAUGUAACGACCCGAUGGAGGAGAUGAAUGAGAUCGAAGAAGUGGCCAAAAUAUUGAGUAUUAUUGUUCCCAUUUUGUUUGGUAUUAUCGUAAUCGUGGGUCUGUUCGGUAACGCGUUGGUUGUGAUUGUGGUGGCGUGUAAUCCGCAGAUGAGAUCGACCACAAACUUACUUAUAAUCAAUUUAGCGAUCGCUGAUCUGCUCUUCAUUGUGUUUUGUGUGCCGUUCACGGCAUGGGAUUAUGCCUUCCCUUUCUGGCCGUUUGGUAACGUGUGGUGCAAAAUAGUACAGUACUUGAUCGUGGUCUGUGCCUACGCCAGUAUAUACACUCUGGUGCUGAUGUCGUUGGACCGAUACUUAGCUGUUGCCCAUCCGAUCCAAUCGAUGUCAAUUAGAACUGAACGGAACGCCUAUUUGGCCAUAUUUAUGAUGUGGAUCACAAUCAUCGUCGCCUGUAUUCCGGCCCUCAUUAGCCAUAGUGUCAUCUCAUUUGAAGGCUCCGAAGACUCAGUCUGUCUGUUCGCUGACGAGGAAUACAAUAAAUCUUUAUAUCAGAUUUGCUUCUUUCUGUCGUCUUAUGUGAUCCCCAUUUCGAUUAUAUUGAUAUUAUAUGUACUUAUGUUGAAACGGCUUUGGUUUGGUGUCGUUCCGGGCGGUCAUAUGAGCGCUGAGUCCGUCAGAUCCAAGAAGAGGGUCACCCGAAUGGUUGUCGUCGUUGUCAUCAUAUUUGCCUGCAGUUGGUGUCCAAUACAAGCCAUUCUCGUACUCAAGAGUUUCGGCCACUACGAGAUCGACACCACAAAACUCAUUAUACAAAUAGCGGCA